AAUGCCUAUCCCUGUCACCUCACUCCACUCCAGUAGGUGUCGCUACAGCUGCCUACUGAUAGCAGCCAACGACGGUUCAACAAAAAGGACGGACACCGGAACUCCUUCAGCAAACACUGUUGGGCAGAAAUACGAUCAUCUCUGGUGAACAUGGGUCGCCACUUCGGAGACUUGGCCCGGGUCAGGCAUGUCAUCACCUACAGUCUGUCCCCAUUUGAGCAGAAGGCUUUCCCCAGUUACUUCUCCAAGGGAAUCCCCAAUGUGUGGAGAAGAUUCACAGCGUCUUUCUUCAAAGUUGCCCCUCCAUUGACUGUCAUGUACCUGACAUACAGCUGGGGCAACAGUGUCCAUCAGCAAGGCAAGAGGAAGAACCCUGCUGAUUUUGAGAACGACGAAUGAGCACCCACCACCUUGCUGAAAGCUGCCCUCUCUGUUAUCAAAUCCAACUAUGUAUGUUUCCUCAAUAAAAGUGAAAAUAUUUAUGUGAAA